AUGGAAUUAGUAAACGAUGCCUGCACCCUUACGUCUCAAUUGUAUCGCUUGGUGGUGUUCAACUCCAAGAAAUAUGACAUCGAUUCUUUCAUGGCCUUGGAACAUCAAUACCGCUCAAUUGGCGCCACUCUAGAGUUUGUCGACCAGAAGCUCGAUGAAAAGACUAUGUAUCAUGCAAAAGGGGCACAUGUAGUAUGUGUGUUUGUCAAUGACAUGCCUGAAAAACCGGUAAUUGAUUACUUGAAGGCACACGGAACAGGCCUGCUUACAUUUCGCUGUGCAGGCUUUGACCGAGUGGACCUGGAUGCAUGCCGCGAGGCUGGCAUGAGUGUCAGCAGAGUCCCGGUUUACUCUCCAUUUGCGGUUGCCGAACAUGCCAUCGCACUGACUCUUUCUCUCAAUCGCCGCCUUCGCAGCUCUGAUAAAAGAGUUUCACAAGGGAACUUUUCUCUUUCAGACUCUCUCCUUGGCUUUGACAUGAAUGGAAAGACGGUCGGGCUUCUCGGAACGGGAAACAUUGGACGAAUUGCAGGAAAGAUUUUCCUUGGCUUUGGUUGCAAGAUCCUCUGUUAUGAUGUGUUCCAAAGCGCCGAGUUUGCUGCUCUUCCGAAUGUCCAAUACGCCACCAUGGACGAGGUCCUUUCAAAUGUGGAUAUCCUUUCCCUGCACCUACCUCUUCUGCCGUCAACCCGUCACAUCAUUAACAAAGAGAAUUUGGCUAAAAUGAAAAAAGGGGCCAUCAUCGUCAACACCUCCAGAGGCGGGCUCGUUGACACCGCAGCUUUGUUGGAGGCCAUCGACAGCGGCUCUAUCCGUGGGGCUGGCCUCGAUGUCUAUGAAAACGAGUCGGAAUACUUUUUUGAGGAUCAUUCUGAUCGCGAAAUUGAAGAUCCCGUGCUCAAGGUGCUAAUGAAUCAUCCAAACAUCAUUUUAACGCCCCAUCAGGCUUUCUUCACCGCGGAGGCACUGUCUGAAAUAGCAAAGGUUACAUUUAACAAUGUAAAGGAGUUCAUUGUCGAUGGAAAGCAAAUGUUGAAAAUGACCAAUACUUGCCUCAAAUAA